AAAGAAAUUAAUUAGUUAGAUCAAAAGUAGCAAUGCAUAAGUCUAAGAGGAAAACUCUCUUAAUGUGCUGAAUUUUUGUAAAUAAAUUUUCUUUUGUUCUGUUAAACAGACUAAUUUCCGUAUCACCAGCAAUAAAUAAUAACAACAAUGAGCAGUGAUGAAAGCUUUCGAGGUUUUGAUACUAUUUCAAGUACUCCUCACCCAAAGAAAAUAAUAAAAGAGCCUAUUCAGAAUUUUGCAUCUCCAUUAAAAUUAUCAGUUAAUGACAAAAUAAAAAGAAAAAAACGGCUUAUUUCAGCUUCAAAGCCAAAAAAAAGAAAAACUGAAAGUUUCAGUAGUACUGAUAAUGUUUAUUCAAGUACUUUUCUCAGAAAAACAACUAGUAGUUCUCAAAGUUCUAAAAGUUCAUUUAGACCAAAUAAACAAAAAAAAAUCAGUUUUUCGCCAAUUCAAAAAUUUUACACUAUACCAUCAAGACUUGAAGUAGAUCAUCUGCCAUCUUCAUCUGAAAAAGAGGAAAGUUUGAAAAAUACAAUACCUGAAAUAAUAAUUGAUGAAUGCAUGCAGGAUAAUAAACUGAUAGGUGAUUAUGAAGAUAUUAGCAACAAAAUAGAUAGCAAAAACGAUACAGUUCUUGAAUCUCCUGCAACAGACGACGAUGACAAUUUAGUUGAGUCUUUUAGUUGUCUCAGUACAGCAUCAGAAGAAGAACGAAAUGAUAUUAAAGAUUUCGUUACGAAGAGACCAGAACACUCAGUUAAAAAGAAGGAAAUAAAACAUAUUCGGAAAGAAAUUAAUAAUGCGAGAAAAUCAACAGAUGAAUCAACUAGUUUCAGGCACAAAAAACAAUUUUUUCCAAGGUACUACCCACUUGGAUGGAUGGCCGUUUAUAGUAGGAAUGUGGGGAGUGACAUAUUGAAAAGAUUUUUAACCUCCCAGCAGAAGCUAGUUUCUCUAAAAAGAAAAAGUUUUCAAACGUAUGGGGAAUGGAAAAAGAUGCGCAAGGAAGGAUUGUUAUUGGACUCUCCAACUCCACACAUUAAAGAGGAAGAAUAUACAUUGCCAAUUGAAGCAACAGUAAAAAAUAGAAAAAUAUCGAAGAAAAAAAACAAAAAACGAUCGUUGAAAAUGGAGAAAAAUGAGUACUAUAAAAAUAGUAUUAAAAAAGAAUCAAAAUCAGAAGUAUUAUCAAUAGAAGAUAUCAAACAAGAUGAAAAGGAAAUUCGUGAAAACUCUUCCAUACCAAAUGAAACAUCUGGGCCACAAAAUUUAUCUGAUGAUUUUGCACAUGUUAUCAAUAACCCCAACACAACUAUGAGACGACAUGAAACUAAUUCAAUUAUUUCGGAAAGGAAGGAAACGUCUGAAACGUCAAAUACGUUGAAGAAUAAGAUAAAAAUUAUCUCAGAUAUAGAGUUUGAAGAUUCAACAAAAAUUCGUAUUCCAUAUGAAAUAUGGAGUAAAAUUCCAAAUUUAUUCGACCGAUAGGAUAUUGAAAUGUUAUAAUAUAUUUAAGUUUUGCAUUGCUUCAUUUAUUAUUUCUGAAUAUUUUCCGCUUGUAAAUAAGCGCUACAGUUUUCUAUUGCUUUUUCAUAGUAUUAAUAUUCUUAUAUAUAAUAUUAAUGUAUUAUUAAAAAUCAAAUGUUUCUUAUAUAUAAUAAUUGAUUUUUACACUUAUUAGUAGUAACAUUAGUAACUUCAAUUGUUAUAAAAAAAUUGAAUUUAGGCGGUUCAUUGAAGAGGGCGUAGUUUGUUAUGUCCUUUAUCCACGCGCUAGUUGUUAAGAUAAUGUUGUCAGAAACUGACGCUUGAAUGUGUUGCAGAUAUUUUUAUUAAAUUGUGAUUCAAUAAUCAAAAAUAUUCAUAAAAAAUUA